GAGCGUGUGGUAGUAGAAAAUGAGCACUGGUUGGUGGUGGUGCCAUAUUGGGCGACUUGGCCAUUUCAGACACUGCUGUUGCCACGACGACAUGUCCUCCGUCUCCCUGACCUCACGGCCCAAGAGAGAGACAGUCUGGCAUCCAUAAUGAAAAGACUCCUGACGAAAUAUGACAACCUCUUUGAGGUCUCCUUCCCCUAUUCAAUGGGAUGGCACGGAGGUGUUGCCACUCGUCUUGUUUCUAUGGAGAACAAUAAAAAGGAGGCAGGGAAAGAUGCUCCCUUCCUUUUUUAUUGCCCUCUGCUCAGUAACUUGUGUCAUUGUCUACGGUUCAGUGUUGCAUGUCAGCUGUGCAAAACGGUUCGAGAAUGGAUGUUAAAAUGA